GCCAGUUAAGCUAGCAGAUGGCUAAUUUCGCCAUGUUGCUAUAAUUCCAGUUGAGCACUAGCGGGGCUAGCCAGGCCAGCUAAUUAGCCACCGUCACAGCGGACACAGACUAAAUAAGCAAAGUGACUCCUACAGACUUGAUUAUUUCACAGUAUCAGUUCACUGCUGCUGGAUUAAACUCUGUGGCGCAGACAAAAAGGGUGAAACAUCGACAAGAACACAAACCUGCGGCGCAAGACCUCGCUCGUUCCCUUCCUUCUCUAGCGAACCGGGAAGUGGACUGCUCGAUCUUAAGCGCGCUGAUUGGUCGAGGGGACAGCAAAUCAAGCACGGAGAGUCGCGAUUGGCUAGCACAGACGUCAAUCACAUAGGCGGAGGCGUUUUCAAUCCUCUUUUCCGGUUUUAGUUAGUUCCCGUAAAUAACUGUGGAUAUUCAAGUUCUUCUUGUUUACAGGGUGUUGUUUACAAUACCAGUGUUCCUGUGGGUUUCUGAGAACUUGUAGACGUUUCCAAGUUUGAUUUCUAGGAGCUGUGAUAGGUUACUAAAGCGUAGGUGGUCGCAAACGCACGUAAUGCUAAGCUGCUGUUGCAUGAGCAUAAAGCUAGGUUAGGUCCGUCAACUUUGGCGCCUGGGCUGCUUCCCACAACACUGGAAUGCCUCCAUGGUCCUCAGUAUCCAGACGUGACCCUCUGCGGUGACACAGGGCUUAGCCAUGCUGAUAUGACGACAACAAAAUAACAGAAUGUAAUUUUCCUGUGGACUCUAUCAAGCUGUCAAGUGGUUUCAGAGAUUGAGAGAGAAGAUGAACCCUUAACAUAGAAACCCCACCUAAAUCCUCCAGAGAUUAGAAGGUUGCUGUGCAUUGAAUAAAAUUAUCGUUUGACCACUUUAAUAUACUGAACAGUGUUCCUUGUUUACAUUAAAGUUACAAAUGGGAACACGGACAAAAACUGUUAUCAGUUAUAUUGUUAUUCCAAGUGAAGACAUAAAUGCAAUUUAUUAAAAUUAACCAAAGUCAGUGAUCAACUUUUUGGCUACAUCUUCAAAACAACUACUGACAAGUACAGUUCCCACAAAGUAACAGAAAGUGCCCUAAGUCGAAUCCACACAGAGAAAGAAGAUGGCCCCUGAUAUCCAGACCGUGGUACGUACGACCCAAGCCUGGCUGAAGGCCUCCCGGCAGGUCCAGGUGCCCUUUGCUUGGCUGGAGGCCUGCGUGGAGUGGCUACAGGAAGAGGCCGGAGGCGCUGGCCGUCUGUCACAGCAGCAAAUUAACCAACAGGCGCUGGAUCAGUGGCUGAUGACGGACCUGAGGGACCUGGACUACCCUGCUCUCCCUGAAGGACUCGCCGGGGCCCAGAAGACCGAACUCAGUGGCACCUUCUGUGUCCAGGUGGAUUCAUUGCUGGACGUCAGUCAGCCUGCGUACGUUCAGCUGCAGAAGUUGCGGGGCACGGACUGUGUCAAUGAUGAGGUGUCUGCCGUCACACAGACCACACAGAGGCCCUGGGAAGCCAGACCGACCCGGAUGCUACUACUGCAGGUGACAGAUGGAGUCCAGAGCUUAGAGGCUAUGGAGUAUCAGCCAAUCCCUGCAUUCAGCGCCGCUCUCAGGCCUGGUGCAAAGCUGCAGUUGCAGGGCCGGAUGGUGUGCAGACUGGGGAUGCUGCUGCUGGGGCCGUCCAACGUCAAAGUCCUGGGUGGUGAGGUGGAGGACUUAGUGGACAGGAAUAAGCAGGGCCGGGUGCUGUGUCGGACACUGGGUCUUCCUGAAGAGCAGCAGCAGCAGCAAGAAGAGGCUCCACCAGCACCACAACAAGUUGACAACGGAAUGGAAGACCUGGAGCUUGACGACGCAGCGUUGUUGGCCAGUGUUGAGGACCAGGAGGAGGGGCCGAGGAUUGAGGUCGGGUCUGAUAGUGGUUACGGGACACGCAGUGAGCCCUCCACUCAGUUCUCCAGAAGCUCCUUUGUCGGGAGCUUUGACUCCGCAGCCUCAUACAGAAGUGAAGCCUCCAUCCCUUCUUACAGAGGUGGUUUGACCCAGAGUAGCAGAAGUGGUCCAGUCCAAGGUCAGCUCCUUGAACAAGAGGAUCCUGACCUCUUACCCUCCAACUAUGAGAAUCAACCAGAGGUCCGAGCACGCAGCAUCGCAGAAGAAGACUUUCCAGACGAAGACUUUGAUGAUCUUCCCCUGGAUGAGUUGGACAGUGCCAUUUUUCAGGAAAGUACUAUUGUUAGUGCACAGUCUGACGUCAAUCACAGAAACACACCGCAGAAUAACAGCAGAACAACAGUCAAUCCUCCCAAAACUGCACGGAUGGACUAUGAAAGCUGCAAUAAAGGAGAGUUUGUAAGGAAUGAUGUGAAUGAUGUUAUGGGUGAGGACAUGGACUGCUUUGUUGAAGAGGAAGAAAUCUAUGAAGUUCAACCAGGGAGGACUGGAGGGCAAAAUCCGCUCCCUGACCAACAAGGACUUGGAAGAGAGAGAGACUCUGAAAGAAAAUCGGCUCAAAAAGAUCCACAGAGUGACGACACAGUCCCUGCUCUCACUCUCACCUCGCCACCUUUCACGUACUUGUGCCUGCUAGAAGACCUGAAGACCACAGCACACCCCCACACCACAGAGAUCCGCGUCAAAGCUUUCAUCGUGACCCUCUUGGGCAAAUUGAGCAGCAGCAACGGCGGUUGGAGCAUCUGCGCCUCGAUAUCUGACGGGACCGAUUACCUGGACGUGGAGCUGUCCGAUAAGGUUAUAACCGGCCUGCUGGGCUUCUCUGUUGCGGAGAAGGCAUCUAUGAAGCGGGACCCGGCCCGAAGGGCCGAGCUCGACGCAGGGAUGAAAAGAUGUCAGGAGGGGCUGGUGGACAUGUGCUGUGUUAUGACAAUAGUGGUCCAACCAGAGGGAAGGAAAGCUGUAGUUACUAAGGCAGAGCAGGUCAGUGAGAAGGUACGGCAGGAGCUGGAGGAGAGGGCGAGAGGCGGGAGGAAAUAAACAGAGGUGAGGUUCAGGGGAAGUUAAAGAAAAUUAGAUAGAAAGUUAAAUGCUCUUGAUUAGAGAUGAAGGAUGUACUCAGCACAUCGGUACUUCCUGAAAAAUGUCCCCUCAGAAAUGAAACUGAGGUAUCUUUUGGGAUUGGUGAUCUAUCUGCCCUUCUGCUUCAGAUUUAGAGAGCAGAAUGUGUGAACUGGAUGUCUGGUGAUCACCGAGCGGUGUGUUGCAAUGCCUCCCAUCUGCUAUAUGUGAAUGUGACAUUCUGUCAUUAGAGGAUUUCAUUCAUCUAUUCAAAGAGCUAUUUCCUGCUCAACAUGCGAGUCAUUGCUAGGCAAAGUAAACAGACUAAAGAUGGAACAUUUCAUCUAUAGGAUACGUGUCAAUGAUGGGUUGUUCGGAUAUUAAUUCCAGUGUUGAACGUCCCAAAAUGUAUGUGACAUUUAUAACUAUGCAAAGAUAAGAGUGAGACAUUUGAGAUAAGGAAUGAAAAAAAAUCAUUCUGAAUCUGAAUGUUUUAAUGAGUUUCCAGCCGUUGCAUUCGUUCAGCACAUCCAUUCUGGCUGGAAAACUGAUCAAAUAUCCAAGGGCAGCGUGGGUCUUUAAUAAACUCUCCCAGGGGGAGAAUAAGAGGAAAUUAAGGUAAAGGGGAGGCCCUGAUCUUUGAUUAUUUCUCCUCAUUAUUGAGCCUCAUUUAUGUUUGUGUCUUUGAUGAGCACAUUUACCACAGAUAUGACAUUUAUGCCUAUAUUUACUGUAUAUUGAAAUAAAAUUGUUCUGGAGGUUU